AUGAGAGCACUUAUUGAAAAAUUUGCCCAGAUGCUGCGGGAGCCGCGGGAUACCGUGCAGACAUGGCCAAGUCCAAGAACCACACCACACACAACCAGUCCCACAAAUGGCACAGAAAUGGCCUGGAGAAACCCGGGCCACAAAAAUACAAAUCUCUUACGGAAGGGGGUGGACCCCAAGUUCCUGAGGAACAUGCGCUUUGCCAAGAAGUACAACAAGAAAGGCCUGAAGAAGAUGCAGGCAAACAGUGCAGAGGCAGUGAGUGCGCGAGCAGGGGCCAUCAAGGCCCCUGUGAAGCCUGCGGAGGUUAAGCCCAAGACGCUGAAGGGCCCCAGGCGCAAAUUCAGCCAUCUGGCUUUCAUCGCUGUCCUCCAGUCUGGGAAGAAAAUUCGAAGCUACGUAGCCAAGGGUCGCAGGCUCUACCAACCAAAGCCCAAGGUUCAAAGCCAGGCAGAGGCCGCAGCCCCAGCUGAGGCCCAGGCUUCGCUCCGGCUCAGGCUCUCAAAGGUGCGCAGGCUGCUGUGA